AUGCCAGCAAACGAGUGGCGGACCUCUGGAUGGGACUUCCCUACUAAGGAGAUGCUGGACGAUCUGACGCGCGGAGUGAAGCCCGAUCUUAGAAUAGACGGUCUUCGAUUACGUCUACUGAGCUCGAAGGCUAUGUCGAAUCGAACAGACAGGCAAUCUGGGCAAAAUAUACCACUCGAUUUCCUGCCAGACCCGGGUGAUGGGCUGCUCUUACCGUGUGAGGUUCAUGUGACGGUGCUUGACACGCGCACGACGACUAAGGGACGCGUGAUCCAUGUUGAGCAGCAUGAGGCGACCAUUGUGAGACGAGUCGGCAGUGACGGCGAUCAGACCCUUGACGUCCGGCUGGCGAAGGCUUUCCAUAUAAAGCUCGGCAAUAUCUUCCAGGCUGAAGCAUGCGGUACCAACGGACAACGGCGAUGGAAGCGAACAGUCAUCAACAGCUACUCACUGGAGAUCAGUCUACACUUUGCUGAAUCCGCUCACUCGGCUCAAUUUUUGAGCGUGGUCGAGUCAUGCCACGCAGAUCACUUCAAUGGGAGACCUGCAAAUGAAGGCAUUGUGAGAGCUACGUGGGACAAGUUGCCAAACUGUCCGUCAAGUGGUCGACUUUUGCCACUCAAGCGCGCGUUUGGACAUAAGAGUCUGGAUCUCAAGUACGGGCUCGAAGUAUCAAUGGGCUGGAACAAGCGGAGGGAGUCAGAGCUGGUUCGGCACAACAGAAUGAUGAAUUCGCCCAGCCAGCAAUUACCCACACCAAGCUCGUCGGAUGAUCUUGAAGUUGGCGCGGGGAGGACGAAAGGCAUCACCGUACGAUAUCAGAGACAGGUGGGCAUCGAGACAAAUAUCACCAAUGUCCAAUCACUGGACUGUAUACUGUGCACAAGCGCAUCGGGAGAUGACCGGCAACGAUCGAACAGUCGUAAGACGGCACGGCAACCACCCGCGAGCUCGUUUGAGAGGUUACUGUUCCACUACCGCUGCUUCCAUGGAUAUCUUGAUUGGCAGCUCGGCGAGCGUCUCGAAUCAGAUGACGGCGCUGAGAUUGUUUGUGUGAACAUCAGCGAUAAGGAGAAAGGUGUUGACGCGGACGCCCGGGCACAGGAAAACACACACGAGGGCUACUCGUGGAUUGCUCCUUCACGACCGUUCGACCUGAAAGCAUUUGCUGCUGGUGACGAAAGGUGGAUCGGUGGCGGCCAGCGCGUCAGCGAGCAGAGCAGGCGCAAAGGCCGAUUUGCGCGCCAGGGGGCAACGAGGCCCGAGGAGGUCAUACACACAGUGCCUCCUCGGCUCAGACAGGUACUGGCGGUCGAGGACGUACCAAAUCUACCGGUGUCUCAACCGCGGCAUAGUGUCGUGCCGGACAUCAUGGACGUUACUUUCUACCACAGCAGCUCGAAACUGCCGAUAAAAGCAGGCGAGACAUUACGGCAUGGUGAGGCUGAUGGCGAUGACAACAGACUACUACACAGUCAGCGACGCGACUUGCUUGAUGCUGGCCUAUCUUUCGAAGCCCGAGCGUUUCACAAGGCGUUCAACAAGCAUCUGGAUAUCGAGCAACCCAUUGGGAGAGCCUCGAUCAGAGACACUUCCGUUCGCUUCGUGCGCAAGUAUCGUGAUGCGCACCACAGUGGUGGGUGGCUCGACGAGCUCCAGGCGAAGCUUAUUCAUCUGCGUGAUCAUGGUCUGCUGGACUCGGAUGCUGUGAAGUAUUGUCUGGGCAUCAUGUCGACACGUGGAUCUGCAAAGGCCGAGGCCGACCAUUCGAAUGGUACGCCGAAGCGGGAUGAGUCUCUACCUGGCAAUGGUCAAGCGCGCUCGAACGGAAGAUUUGCCUCGGCGUCUCAAGGCAGCGCAAAAAAGAAGCCUCAUAGAUGGAGUGGCGGCGGAGCUGACAAGGACAUUAUUCAGAGCGGUGUUGGCACUUUGCACUCGUCUUGCGCAACGAAGAAGAGCUCAGGUGCUCUGUACGACGCUGCUAGAGCUGAUGUGCGCAAUGGAUCUGGUGACCUGGACGAUGAUACUAUCAUGGCUGAUGUAGACGACGACGACGACACAGCCGUGGCACGAGGGAUCGCAACAUCCAACGGUGGUCCUUCGGCCAGGAUCCGGGACGACGAGAAGCCUAUCAAGCGUCGACGAGUGUGCGCGUGUGGACCAUCGUCUGUGACAAUCCUCACUGCGCUCGUGGUGACUUCCAUCUGGCUUGCCUUGAUCUUGAGCAGCGAGUGGCAGGGUGGAGAUGCGUAG